AUGCUGCGAACAAUGUCAGAAAUAUCAAAGGCAAAGAUCUCCCGGACCGGUACGUCUAUGCCGUUAACCGGAGAGCCCCUGGCAGCAGGUACACGCGGACUACUUUGGCCCAAUCAAGGGUUGAUGUGUCUACUUUUGAUUGUUGCCCAUUUUAACUGGAUAGAGGAAAAUCCACUUUCACAUGCGACGUCCGCAGCAACGGUUGCAAAAAUGCGCUCCAUUUAUGCCAUCCUUAUAUCCCAGAGACG